GGCCGAGCCGCGACUGCUGGGACCCAGAGCUCGGCGGCGGCCCUGGGGAACUGUGAGCGGCUGCUGAAGGGGCGGCGACGGUCGCCAGCACUGUGUGCGCCAGAGUGUGGCUUGCUUACCCAACGCACACGCCCGGUCGGUCCCCUGGGCCCUCUGGAGGUGACUCCGGCAGGCCGGCCCGGACGGUGUUGCUGUUGGGAGGGCGGGGAUGAGGCGAUGAGAAGAGCCGCCGCCGCUGUCCGUCCGCCGCCGCCGUAGCGGGAGUCAGGACGAGGGCGAGGCCAGCCGUAGCCGCGCCGGGCUGCGAACCCAGACAAAGGAGGAGGAGCCGCCCGAGAAGCGGGCAACGCCGCCGGGAAAGGAGGCCGCCGCCUCGGUAGCAGCCGGAGUGUCUCCCCGGCUCAGGGGCCGCCGCGCUUCCUCUGCGGACGCUGCGCAAGGCAAGGCCACCCGGGCCGAGGAAGCCGCCCCCAGAGCUCCCUCCCGCCCGCCGGCGCCGCCUCCGAGCCGCCUCGGCCGUAGCUGCGGCCCAGGCGGGAGGCGGCGGCGGCUGGCGAGGCAAGCCGGCCCGCGCCCUGCCUGUCAGGCCACCCGAGCGGCCCGGCUCGGCCCGCGGGCUGCCCCCGAUGCGGAGGAGCUGCCGCCGGGGCCAUGCAGCAGGCGCCGCAGCCGUACGAGUUCUUCAGCGAAGAGAACAGUCCGAAAUGGCGGGGACUGUUGGUCUCGGCCCUGCGGAAGGUUCAGGAGCAAGUACACCCCAAUCUCUCAGCUACUGAAGAGUCUCUCUACUAUAUUGAAGAGCUGAUUUUUCAGCUGCUUAAUAAAUUAUGCAUGGCACAACCAAGGACUGUCCAAGAUGUGGAGGAACGAGUUCAAAAGACCUUUCCUCAUCCAAUUGAUAAAUGGGCUAUUGCUGAUGCACAGUCUGCUAUAGAGAAACGAAAACGAAGAAAUCCUCUCUUACUGCCUGUGGACAAAAUCCAUCCUUCACUGAAGGAAGUUUUAGGGUACAAAGUGGACUACCAUGUGUCCUUAUAUAUUGUGGCUGUCCUAGAGUAUAUCUCAGCUGAUAUUUUGAAAUUGGCUGGUAAUUAUGUUUUUAAUAUUCGACAUUAUGAAAUAUCUCAGCAGGACAUUAAAGUGUCAAUGUGUGCAGAUAAGGUUUUGAUGGACAUGUUUGAUCAGGAUGACAUAGGUUUGAUUUCUCUCUGUGAAGAUGAACCUAGUUCUUCAGGUGAAUUAAACUACUAUGACCUCGUUAGAACUGAAAUUGCAGAAGAAAGACAGUAUCUACGGGAACUAAAUAUGAUUAUAAAAGUGUUUCGAGAAGCCUUUCUUUCUGACAAAAAGCUGUUUAAACCUUCUGAGCAAGCAUUUGAUCCUUAUGAAACAUUAUCACAGGACAUUCUUUCACCAAAAUUUAAUGAACAUUUCAGUAAGGUGAUGGCCAGACCUGCCGUGGCUCUACACUUUCAGUCCAUUGCUGAUGGUUUUAAAGAGGCAGUUCGUUAUGUCCUUCCACGCCUUAUGCUGGUGCCAGUGUAUCAUUGUUGGCACUAUUUUGAAUUAUUGAAGCAAUUGAAAGCAUGUAGUGAAGAAGAAGACGACAAAGAAUGUUUGAACCAAGCUAUUACUGCUCUCAUGAAUCUCCAAGGUAGUAUGGACCGAAUUUACAAGCAGUAUUCACCUCGACGCCGACCUGGGGAUCCUGUUUGCCCUUUUUAUAAUCGCCAAUUAAGAAGCAAGCACCUGGCUAUUAAAAAAAUGAAUGAAAUUCAGAAAAACAUAGAUGGAUGGGAAGGCAAAGAUAUUGGACAAUGUUGUAAUGAAUUUAUUAUGGAAGGUCCAUUGACAAGAAUUGGUGCUAAACAUGAACGGCAUAUUUUUCUCUUUGAUGGCUUAAUGAUUAGUUGUAAACCCAAUCAUAGCCAGACACGCCUUCCAGGUUACAGUAGUGCCGAAUACAGAUUAAAAGAAAAAUUUGUCAUGAGAAAAAUACAAAUAUUUGACAAGGAAGAUACUUGUGAGUACAAACAUGCUUUUGAAUUAGUAUCCAAAGAUGAAAACAGCAUAAUAUUUGCUGCUAAGUCUGCUGAAGAGAAAAAUAAUUGGAUGGCAGCACUUAUUUCUCUUCAUUAUCGUAGUACUCUAGAUCGAAUGUUAGAUUCAGUAUUAUUGAAAGAAGAAAAUGAGCAACCACUGAGAUUACCAAGUCCUGAAGUAUAUCGUUUUGUGGUAAAAGACUCUGAGGAAAACAUUGUUUUUGAAGACAACUUGCAAAGUAGAAGUGCAAUCCCCAUUAUUAAAGGAGGAACUGUGGUGAAAUUAAUUGAAAGGUUAACAUAUCAUAUGUAUGCAGAUCCCAAUUUUGUUCGUACUUUUCUUACUACAUAUCGUUCAUUUUGUAAACCACAGGAAUUGCUAAGCUUAUUGAUUGAAAGAUUUGAAAUUCCAGAGCCAGAACCUACUGAAGCAGAUAAAUUGGCAGUAGAGAAAGGCGAGCAGCCAAUUAGUGCAGACCUUAAAAGGUUUCGCAAGGAAUAUGUCCAACCAGUACAACUUAGGAUCUUAAAUGUGUUUCGGCACUGGGUUGAACACCAUUUUUAUGACUUUGAAAGAGAUUUGGAGUUGCUUGAAAGACUAGAAUCCUUCAUUUCAAGUGUAAGAGGGAAAGCCAUGAAGAAAUGGGUAGAGUCAAUUGCUAAGAUCAUCAAGAGGAAGAAACAAGCUCAGGCAAAUGGAAUAAGCCAUAAUAUUACUUUUGAAAGUCCACCUCCACCUAUUGAAUGGCAUAUCAGCAGACCAGGACAAUUUGAAACAUUUGAUCUCAUGACCCUUCAUCCAAUAGAAAUUGCACGUCAGCUGACACUUUUGGAAUCUGAUCUCUACAGGAAAGUUCAACCUUCUGAACUUGUAGGGAGUGUAUGGACCAAAGAAGAUAAAGAAAUAAAUUCUCCCAAUUUAUUAAAAAUGAUUCGCCACACCACAAAUCUGACUCUCUGGUUUGAAAAGUGCAUUGUGGAAGCAGAAAAUUUUGAGGAACGGGUUGCAGUACUAAGUAGAAUUAUAGAAAUUCUGCAAGUUUUUCAAGAUUUGAAUAAUUUCAAUGGUGUAUUGGAGAUAGUCAGUGCAGUAAAUUCAGUGUCAGUAUACAGACUAGACCACACCUUUGAGGCUUUACAGGAAAGGAAAAGGAGAAUUUUGGAUGAAGCUGUGGAAUUAAGUCAAGAUCACUUUAAAAAAUACCUAGUGAAGCUUAAGUCAAUCAAUCCACCUUGUGUGCCUUUUUUUGGAAUAUAUUUAACAAAUAUUCUGAAGACUGAAGAAGGGAAUAAUGAUUUUUUAAAAAAGAAAGGGAAAGAUUUAAUCAAUUUCAGUAAGAGGAGGAAAGUGGCUGAAAUUACUGGAGAAAUUCAGCAGUAUCAGAAUCAACCUUAUUGUUUACGGAUAGAACCAGAAAUGAGGCGGUUCUUUGAAAACCUUAACCCCAUGGGAAGUGCUUCUGAAAAAGAGUUUACAGAUUAUUUGUUCAACAAGUCGCUAGAAAUUGAACCCCGAAACUGUAAACAGCCACCUCGAUUUCCUAGGAAAUCAACUUUCUCUUUAAAAUCUCCUGGAAUAAGGCCUAAUGCAGGCCGACAUGGCUCUACCUCAGGCACUUUACGAUGUCAUCCAACACCAUUAGAAAGAGAGCCAUGUAAAAUAAGCUUUAGUCGGAUUGCUGAAACUGAGAUUGAAUCAACAGCAUCAGCACCAACCUCUCCAAAUACACCAUCUACUCCACCAGUAUCUGCUUCUUCAGAUCUUAGUGUGUUUUUAGAUGUGGAUCUCAGCAGUUCCUGUGGCAGCAAUAGCAUCUUUGCUCCAGUUCUCUUGCCACAUUCAAAGUCUUUCUUCAGUUCGUGUGGUAGUUUACAUAAACUAAGUGAAGAGCCAUUGAUUCCUCCACCUCUUCCUCCUCGAAAAAAGUUUGAUCAUGAUGCUUCAAAUUCCAAGGGAAAUAUGAAGUCUGAUGAUGACCCUCCUGCUAUUCCACCAAGACAACCUCCUCCUCCAAAGGUAAAACCCAGAGUUCCUGCUCCCACUGGUGCAUUUGACGGGCCUCUGCACAGUCCACCUCCACCACCGCCAAGAGAUCCUCUUCCUGACACCCCUCCGCCGGUUCCCUUUCGGCCUCCAGAACACUUUAUAAACUGUCCAUUUAAUCUCCAGCCACCUCCACUGGGACACCUUCACAGAGAUCCAGACUGGUUCAGAGAUGUUAGUACAUGUCCAAAUUCGCCAAACACUCCUCCUAGCACACCCUCUCCAAGGGUGCCACGUCGAUGCCAUGUGCUCAGUUCUAGCCACAAUAAUCUUGCUCAUUCUCAAGCUCCCCCUGUUCCGCCAAGACAGAAUUCAAGCCCUCACCUACCAAAACUGCCACCAAAGACUUACAAACGAGAGCUUUCACACCCCCCAUUGUAUAGACUGCCUUUGCUAGAAAAUGCAGAAACUCCUCAAUGACCUUAGUCAUAUGUAGUCAUUGACACUGGAAUGGUAUUUGUAAAGGUUUUUGUUUUUUUUUAAUUUAUUAAAAAGAAAGGCAUAGUAUUUUAGUACUUUUUACAAAUAAUGCUCUUAAAAUGCUACUGAUCAAAUAAGCUUAUAAAAAUUGGAAAAUUAAAAAUACAAAAUUCCUUUACCAUUAUCCUCAGGUGAUCAGUAGCAUUGCCUUGUCUUGGAUCCUCAGUGCUGCCAAAAGGCCAGUAUAAAGAAUUUAUAUUUGCACUGUAGACUCUGCUAAAAUAUGAUUUAAAGUGACAUUGGUUGCACUGAAAGGGGAUAGUGCAUUUAUGGAAUUUUUCAAAUUUGAGUAAUAGCUGCCUUUUUAAGGCAAUGAAUUUACACAAAUACAGGGGGUGUAUGGUGUUAUUUUUAAACCUCUUUGGCCAUCUUCUAGUUUUUACUUCUAGUUUUUACAUUUAGGAGAAUUGUGAAUAACACCCAAUGUUCUUAAACUCUUUAAUGCCAUGUCUUAAAUGCCAGAAUUUGCUGCUCAAGACAAAAAUGGAAAAUAGAAUGAAAAGAAUAGAAUGCACUGUGUUUAUUAUUUUGUCAAAAUGUAAACAAAGACUACCUAACCCAGUCAUAGAGGAGAAAAGGGCAUGUAUCGUAUUCAGAUGUGCCUUUUGUUUUUGCAGACUAUGGUAUCUGUAGCUAAUGAGUUGCCUGUUGUUUUGGAAAAAAAAGUUAAUAUGCCAUGUAUGUACAGUUUUGUUUAUAUUGUAUAUUUAAAAGAUAAUGCUAAUAACCUAUAUAAAUUUAAGUGACUUGAGGCCUAUACUACAGUCUGCUACUUUACUAAUUCAUAAAUUCAGAGGAAAAGUUUCUUAUGGCAUAGGAACCAACUCAACUGCCUUGCCAUCAAAACCUAGUAACUUUCUCUAUAAAUCUUGUAUUAACUAAAAUUUUUUAAAAAUAUUUUUUUAGAUUGGUAAUAUUUAAAAUAGCAAAUACUUAAAGCUUUAUUAAACUUUUUAAUCAGAGAAGUGAGUAAAACUUUUAUUUGCCAUUUGGAUUUCUUCGUUUAAAGGGAUGAAAAAGCGUGUUUUGCUAAUAGUGCCGGUAGCAACAGUUGUAAAGUAGCCAAAAGCCACGUUAUUUACUGGUCUGAGGCCUUUUACUGUGCUUUGUAUCAGAGUUCUUAACAAGAUUAAUAAAUCACCCCAGUCUUAAUUUUUAAA